AUGCCAACAAGGGAGAUAGACUAUUAUGGGGUGACCUUUGACCAUGGAGUGCCCGCAGAUGACAUGAACCCUGAGGUAUUGCAGAUCAAUAUUCUGGAAAUGGAAGAAGACAAUGGCGCCUACGCAAAUAAAGGCAUUCUAUUCCAGGUCGAUCCAGCAAAGUACGCAAGUGUUAGCAUCCUUGCCGUGCCCAGAUGUUGCCAGAGAAGAAAAGGCACUACAGACCGCCUGAGAAUCAAUUCUGCCGUGGAGACCAGGGUUGCUAUUCAAGCUGGAAUGUCCUGGCUGGACAGGGUUCAACAACUCGAAAACCGCGGCGAGCUACGACCCGCAAAGCCAGUCGUUUAA